GUUACUGCUGUAGUCUCACCGUCAGCGACUCCUAAAAUAAGCGAGGGACGCCAGUGUUACAUAGUCAGCUCCAGUGUAUCUCAGGUAUUUCCUGUAGUUAGCUUUAAUUUUGCCAAUGGCGCUUCUCUCGUACUAAAACCAGCUGACUACCUUCAUCAAUCCGUUUUGGAUGCUGGUGGGAUGUGGUGCAUCGGGUUCAUGAAGAAGCCGGGAGUGACCAUCUUAGGAGAUCUUGUUCUGAAAGACAAGAUCUUUGUUUACGAUCUGUUCCAUCAGCAAAUUGGGUGGACAAACUACAACUGUUUGGAGGCAGCAAAUGUCUUCGUUCCCAAACAACGAAGCUCAUGCUGUUCAUCCAGAGACACGUUGUUGAUGUCGCUGCCUCUAGCGAUCACAAUUCUCAUCUUACAAAUAUCAUCAGUGAUCGGCAUCAAGACAAUGUAAUUUAAUGUCCAUUACGAGUUACACUGGUAGUUUAGGUAUCCUGGUCCAUGUAUCUUAUACACUCUUUGAACGAGAUGAUCAAUGGACAAUGAUUCACUCUUCUUUCCCCUAAUUCGUGACACUGUAUAAAAUGAGCUAGCUACUGAAGAGAAGGCAGUGGCAAUUUGGCAGUGUGUUGAGCUAACAUCACAUGUGAAGAAAG